AUGUUACAUGUGUCAUUACCGCCACCAAUACAGGAGAUACCGACUACACCAUCAUUAUCGAAUGGAUACAAUACAAGAAAGGGACUAUCAUCAUCAACAUCAUCAGCACAAACACCACCAAUAUCAGCAUAUGACGAACGUCUUAAACAGGAGCAACGCGAUAUGAUGCGCAAGAGCACAGACAGCAAUGGCAGCGUCGGCAGCUUGGGCUCACAUAAGCGUGGCAACUCAUACCUAUUGUACAUGGUGGGCAACAUGGCCGACAAGCGAAUGACUGCUCAUGGCAACCAUGCCUACACCUCGUACAACUCACCCGCAAACAUGUACAUUGACACUAUGAAUGGCGAGUUGACCGCAUCGUCGGCGUCUCACUCGCACGGCCCGCUGUCCGAGUCGGCACACUCGGCCUCGUCCUAUCUGGCCUACACGACAAACAACACUGAGCCCAUCGAUGUCACAGUGCCACUCGAUCACAACACACCAAGUGUAAAUGUGUUCCAGCCGGAGCAGACAUGCACGGCUGAGCAUCGCCAGUCAUACAUGUGGAAUGAGAAGUUCCAGUACAUCGUGGACAUGGAAGAGAGCGAGCUAAAGUACCAAUACAUGGCUGGUGUCGCCAAGGACUUUGUAUACUGCGCAAACACUUAUGGCAAGAUCAUCAUAUCAGAGCGCAGUCUGCCCGACGAGCAAAAGACCAUCCUGCCCAAGACAAUGGGUGGAGUGGCUGGCGGCACCAAGUACAAGUGCCAUGGCAUCAUCUUCAAGUUUGUGGUCGAUGUCGAGAUCGCGCCCGGUCUGUGGAUGUAUGGCGACACAACGCGCUCGGACGAGAAGGCCAAGAAGUCGGCCGGUCACGAGCUCAAGGGACUCAAUCAUUUUAUGGACCACUCAGAUGGAUUGAUCAGAUUCCCACUCAUGGCCAUCAUUGACUAUCGUGGAUACCGUCUGCUGGCCAUCUCCAAUCUGCCCAUCACCAAGGAGUCCAUCGUCUAUGGCUCCAACGAUGGUGGCAAGACCGUUCACAAUUCAGAUCCUCUCAUCGAAGCAGAGAUGAAGCGUCUGGCCAAGAAGAUGUUCAUCAAGGGACAUACAGUGGGCCUGAACACUCCAGUCACAAUCUUUGGCCCUGGCGACAUUGAAGUGCACAAGGGUACCGAUGGUCGCUACUACAUGAUAGACUUUGCCCGUGCCUUCCCUCCAGAAUAUCCAGCUCACAUACAUGGCAAGAUUGGAAGACAGAUAUUCUAUUCGAUGCUAAGACCUGAACUAUUGCUCAAGUUCAAUGUUGAGCUCAGUCCAGAUGCAUUCUCUGGCUGGCAGACUGGCGCAGACGAAGAACAAAACAAUCAAGAUGUCAUUGACAUCACGACAAAGUAUCACAAUGAGCUCAUUCCAGAGGUGGCAGGAUUCAUCCAACAGACAUUUGGCUCAAUAACAAAGAUGGAAUCAUCAGAUAACUUCUUUGAUCAUUUAACAUUCAAAAAGCUGGGCAGUCAUGGUGCCAACACGCAUAACAAUGACUUCCAACAAAAGACAUUCGAUGUACUGAGGUGCUUGAUAUUGUUGCACAGCUAUGGCGUCAACCUGCGAUACUUGGGAUCGAUAUGUUCAAACAUUCGAGAGAAGGACUUGCGAACAACAGUAUUCACAGAGGUCAUUGCCAGAGUGUGGAAGAGACUGAUAAGUGCCCGUCUGCGAGAUAUGAUGGACAAGACCAACAGGCCAUCAGACGAGUCCAUCCAAGUCAUUGCCGAGGUGUUUGACUUCCUGCUCAACCCUCUCACCUACCACGAUCACACCCAAUUCUGGUCCUCAAUGGCACCUGGCAACUUCAAGUUCGCGGCCAUGCGUACCUAUCCCAACUGUCUAUCCAAAUUUGAGAUGAACAGCGACUUCGACCUUAGGAAUUCUAUUGAUUGUAGAUUCUUGGUAGCGAGCUUGAUCAGAUUGUUCAACGUCAAAAUCAACUCAGAUGCCUACGAACAGUUCUUAGCCAAUCCACGAUACGUCAUCUCGAGACGAGACAUCCUUGAGGUGGAGUCAACGGUCAAGUACCCAAUAAUCAUUGACUUUGCCGCUGGCUCUCAACUGUUGUACCAGGUGAAGAGUGUUAUGGUGCAGCCAAGGCUACCACCACCAGAGCUGAUGCGAUGGCUCGAGAUGGGCCAGGACAUGAUGCACAACGCACACCUCAAGAUGCCCAUGUCCGCCAGCAUCUGUUUGAAGAAGGCGGCUGCCUACAUCAUGAUGUCGAACCUCUCCCCACAAGUGCGUCUGGCCUACCUCAUGCUCAAGCGUGGCAUCUGCAUGAUGUCCUUCCUGAUGCGCCACCCCUGCAUCCAGAACGACCCGCCACUCCUGGCGCUGUGGGGCAUGAUGUACCACAAGAUAGCCACCUACUACCUGUUCUACAGCUACGACAAGGACAAGUUCAAGGAGAACAUCCAACUCUCAAUCAACAAGCUCAAUGAGUCGCUGGACAAGAUUGAUCUGAGCAUGAUCGCCACGCCCUACCUCAAGAUGUCGCUGCCCAAUGACCUAUGUCUGGAGGACAACCCACAGUACAUCGACUCGAUCAAGAAGUCCAAGGUAUACAACCUGCUCUCAUUCGCUUAUCUUCUCAAUACUUCGCUUCCCGACACGCCCGUCUUCAACUUUGUCACAAAGACACUCGAGUCGAUAACUGUCAUCAGUCACCUGUACAUCCCCGAGCAGCUGCGCGACAUCAUGGACGACUCAUUCAUGGCCAGCUUCUUUACACACUUGCCAAACGUCACAGAUAUCGUCCUCACCGACACAAUCAUUGAGCCAGAGACGGCAAAUGCCGCUGCGCUGCUCACCAAGCUCAGGUCCAUCGAGUUGAAGAACGUCAAUGUGGCGUCACGCCCCUCUCAGACGUCCAUGAUCAACAGCUUGGACCAACUACUGUUCUCAUGGCUGGGCAAUUGCCCAUCUAUUACAACUCUACAUCUGGGUGCUGCGUGGCUCAAGGAUGAGACACUGGAGCAGAGCAUCCCCCUGAUGGCCAACCUUGAGAACUUGGCCUUGGCCGAGUCCAGCAUUACCGACAAGACAUUGAUUGCCAUCGCUCAGGUCGUCAACAAUCUGCAAACACUGUCACUUCGCUCACUUUCUGGUGUGAGCGACACGGGAGUCAAUGCUCUCAUGAAGCCCACACUCACAAGCCUGUCCCUCUCACUGCCCGACAUUACCGAUGCAGUGGGUAUCAACAUUGCUGCCAUCGCCGCCAACCUCAAACAUCUGGACCUCUCUGGUUGUGUGCUACUCACUGCUCAGGUGCUCACAGAUAUACUGGCCGCGGACAAGGACAUGGAGCAUCUAGACAUCACACGAACACAGAUCGAAGCCAACACAUUCGAGGCGUUGGAGAUGCAUGGAGCGCGCAAGCUGACCACCUUGGUGUGGGACAGUUGUCUAAACAAUGUCGAGGAGUCGUCCAUCGCCACGCUGUCCAUGAUCUCCAGCCCGCUCAAGACACUGCGUCUGCCCAACUACAGUGGCGAGUACGCCGUGCUCUGGAACCUGUUCAACAAGCUGCCCUACCUCGAGACGCUGCGCAUGCCGUCCGACAUGUACCUCCCGGCGUUCAUCGAUAUCUAUCGCGCGCAAUUCGAGCAGAACGACCAGAUACUGGUGGCUCCGCUCAAGUCUCUCCAGCGUCUGGACGUGUCUAAGAUGGUGGUGUCACUCGAGUCGCUCAGCUACCUCUUGGACCUCUGCCCAUUGGUCGAGUCACUGCUGAUGGACUCUUUGCAGUUUGUCAACCAGGACACCAAGAAACCAGUGAUCAUAGAUGACAAUGUGAUGGUUAUACUCAGUGGAUACUUCCUCAAUCUGAAAGAGUUGGACAUUAGCAAUUUCCCAGUGGAGAAGUAUUGCAUUGGAUGUAUACUGACGCGAUGCGAGUCCAUCCGACGAGUUCACCUUCGUCGAUGUCCCAAGAUCACCGAGAAUGACCUCGCCAUGCUCCAGCUCGAGUAUCCCCAUGUCAACUUUAUCGGAGAACAAGGCUUUGCUGGACAAUCACCUGUCUUUUAA